AUGAAGGUUGACGAUGGAAUGGAGGCGGUGCUGGGGGAGAUCGAUCAAGUGACGUCAUCUUUGGAUUUGGAUCAGCAGCAGCAUCAUCACUUUCUGAGCAAUGCUAAUGCUAAUGCUGCUAAUUCUUCGGCUCUUUAUCAUCACGUUGAUUGUGGCUAUGGCCACACAUACACCAUUGGUGCGGCGGCAAACACUAUCCGGGAGGCUCAGGGGAAUAAUUUCGACGGAUUUUACGAAUCUCGAAAGCACAGCUAUGGCGGACUCGCACAUUCGCCUAUCAGCGAUUAUUCUUUGCCAUCUGAUGGUUCUUCCUCUAGUUUGUUCUCUACUGCUGGUGGCUCACACUCUGACAAUGGAUCACAACCUCUUCACCAAUUUGAAGAGUUUAAUGGUUGGAAUCUAAAUCUGGCUGAUGAUUUUAAUUUGUCCAGGGAUUUUAACAAAAUGUGCAUUAACGAUGAGCAGCCGAAUGCUUCUGUGUAUCAGAAUGGGGUUCGAUAUUUCAAUCCCUUUCAAUCUGUUGCUGGUGCUGUGCCGGAGAGUCUUGAAAAUUUCAGAGCAUCGAGUGGUUAUAUGAAUGGUUCUAGCAGAGGAUUUAACCCCAUCAUAUCAAGAGAACCACUACGGACUGAUGGAUGGGACCGUAGUUCUGGAAUUCAAAACAAUCCUGCAAUGGCUAGUUUAUGGGGACAGGGACAGGGGCAGGGGCAGUGGUAUUCGUUCGGUCAGCCCGACAGAUUCCCUAGGCAGCCAGAUUUCGACAGAAGUGCUGUUCCUGGUUACAACAUUCAUCGAAAUAAUGUGUUGGCCAGUGGAAAUCUUCCAAUGGGAUAUGUCAUGCCCGAGGCAAUGGCCUCUUUCGACAACAAUUUCGCUGGCAGCCCAUCAUUGUAUGCUUCGCAAAAUAGGAUGAACCUGGGAAGCUCCUAUUAUUCACCUAACAUGGUUGAGAUGGCGCCGAUGAUGAUGCCUUGCUAUAAUGCUGGAGAUCCACAAAAGUACCAUGCAGCAGCUCUUAAUGGAAGAAAUGGAAAUGGAGUUCCAAUUCGAAUGACUCAGGGGAGAGUUGAAACCUUAAUCAAGGAGGAUAAUUUUUCCGGUUCAGGAGAAGGCAUCAAGCAUGGGAUUCCAAAAGAUGGAAAGUCGAAGGUGGAUAAAUAUGCUCAUGAGAGAGGCUUUAACAAGAAUAAAGAGAAGAGUUGGCGGCCAGAUGUUGGUCAUAUGUACAAUGCUGAUAGUUACAAGGGUCCCAGGAAGUCUUUCCCUUUCAUUCUGCCAUCCAAGUGCAGCUCCCUUGCUGAAGCUCGAGGAUCCAUAUAUCAAAUCGCAAAGACUCAGAAUGGAUGCCGGGUAUUGCAGAGGCUGUUUGAUGAAGGAACUCCUCGAGACGUGCAGAUAGUCUUGAGUGAGAUAAUUGACCACACUGCUGAACUCAUGAUGAAUCCAUUUGGAAAUUAUCUCAUGCAAAAGUUAAUGGAGAUGUGCGUAGAUUACCAGAGGACGCGCAUACUGAUGAAGGUGACUGAGGUGCCGGGGCAGCUAAUGAGGAUAUGUCUAAGUUCACAUGGCACUAGGGCGGUCCAGAAGUUGAUCGAGCUUCUCACUACAAGGCAACAAAUAGCCAUGAUUAUUCCAAUCCUCAAAGCAGGAUUUCUCACUCUGAUCAAGGAUUUAAAUGGAAAUCAUGUUAUUCAGAGGUGUUUGGAAUGCUUUAGCUAUGAAGACAAGGAGUUCAUUUUUGUAGCUGCUAUGAAACACUUUGUUGAAAUUGGAACACAUCAACAUGGAUGCUGUGUUCUGCAACGUUGCAUCUACCAUGCAACAACUGAGCAUUUUGAAAAUUUGAUCACAGAGGCUUCCGAGAAUGCAUUAUUGCUUGCUCAAGAUGCGUAUGGAAAUUAUGUCGUUCAGUUCAUUUUGGAGCGUAAGAACACAUUCGCCACAGCAAAAUUGACAUCUCGGUUUGAGGGCAAGUACGUGCAACUAUCUACACAGAAGUUUAGUAGCCAUGUGGUUGAAAGGUGCCUUUUGGUUGCAAACAAUGAACUCCGAGCAAAAAUCAUCCGCGAAUUGCUAUCCACUUCCUACUUUGAUCAGCUGCUUCAGGACCCUCAUGCAAACUACGUCAUUCAGACUGCUCUACAUGUCUCUGAGGGACGGCUGCGCAUAACGUUGAUCCAAGCUAUUGAAUCGUAUCGUGCAAUUGCGCGGAACUGCCCAUACUCGAAGAGGAUCUAUUCCAAUAAGCAUCUGAGAAGAUCGCACUCCUAA